UAUGGCUGAUCAGGAAGAGCCGAAGCCACUAAGGAUCACACUUAUUCCUUUGUAAUUAUUUUAAAACAGCAAUUUACAAUGGGAAAAGAGCAAGAUUUACUUGACGCAGCAAGGAACGGUAAUGUUGUUGCCAUAGAGAGACUGGUUGGUGGCAAAGGCAAACGUGGAGGUCUAACAGCCUUGUCCCUGUCGAGCCUGCGAAGAACUGUAAAUGUGAACUGCUGUGAUGCAAAUGGAGACACGCCUCUUCAUCUGGCUGCCCUGGCUGGUCAUAAAGAAGCUGUGCAGCUGUUGUUGCACCAUGAAGCCUCUCCAAAUAUCUCAGAUGAGAAGGGUUGUACUGCCCUGCACAUGGCAGCCUGGACUGGCAGCGCUGAGGUCUGUCAUCUGCUCCUCACACAGGGAAGUGUGCCAGCUCAAGUGAAUAACCAGAAUAGCGAUGGGGACACUGCAUUACACUGUGCAGCCCAGUAUGGGCAUUACAAGGCUGUGGCUGCUUUAGCAGAGGGUCAGGCAGAUCCAAUGAUACGUAACCUCAAGGAGGAAUCCCCCCUAGAUCUGGCAGCUCAGUAUGGUCGAGAUGAAGUUGUCCAACUCCUCAUGACCAAGCAUCCCUCAUUAGCAUUCCAUGUUCAUCAGAAACACUCCCCUUUACACUUGGCAUCCCGUUUUGGACACGUCGCAGUAGUGCAACGCCUUCUGAACACAGGCUUUGAGAUUGGUCUCAAGACAUCCCAUGGCACAGCUCUGCACGAGGCAUGCUGUUACUGUAAAGCAGACGCCAUUAGAUUAUUGCUUGACAAAGGUAUUCCUGUAUCAGAGAAGGACAGUCAAGGGAAAACAGCCAUUGAUAUACUAACAGCUCUGAACACACAGAUAGCUUUGGACAUGAUAACACUGAUCAAAGAUUAUUUGAAAAAAAGUGAAGCAGCUCAAGGACAUGGUGAAGCAUCCCAACCUGAAGAAGUUAAAAAGGGACCAAACUCCAGUUCUACAGGAACGGACUUGCAUUCCAGUAUAAAGGCUGAAGAAAGCUUACAUUCCAGUGGUACCCAAAAGGGCUCUCAUUCCAAUCCUCCUGAAGUGGGCUCAAACUCCUCUGUUGCCAUAGCAGGGAAGGAGGUUACCCCCUUAUCCUCAGGGCUACAAGUUCAUGUGGAGGACCUGACCACAGAGCCAGAGUAUGACAGCCCUGUAGGGGUAUCUGUCCCUCCGGCUAAUACAGAGACUACCUCACCUAUCUACGCCAAACCUAAUAAACAAAAAGCUGCAGGGGAGCCUCCAUCCAGCCCUGCCCCUCCUCUUCCUCCACGGAACUCCUCUAUGAGGACACCCCCAGGCUCUCCCCCUAAGGGCACAGAACUAACAGUGAUGAGGGGCACUCGUGAAACAUCUCCUAGUUAUAUGGAAAUGGGAAAUAGAUCUUCGGACGCCCUUGCAAAAACUCCUGGAAAACCUCCACGUAAGAAAGGCCCGAGAGCUGACCAAUCAUCAACACAUUUUCGUAGUUAUGCUGAAGCUGACCAAUCAGAAAAACAGACUGUGAUAGCCAGUGAAUCAAUCUGUCAGACAGAGUCUGCUCCUGUUCACACGCAACACACAACACAACCUGCUGAGGAUGGGACUGUGUAUGAACAGAUGAACCGUGUGUCUGACGUAUCAAAUAAGUGUGAUAAAACUGAGGACAGUCAUGGCUCUCUAUCCCCACAUGAAGACACUCUCUAUGGAAAUUUGUUACAAGCUGCUGACAAGACACUCUCCAACAUACAGCAGACUCUGGAAAAAACUGAUGUUGACACAACAAAUGAUUCCAAGGAAAACAUUCCUCCUGUUGUUCAGUCAGGUGAUAGUAAAGACAGAGGAGAGAAAGGAACUGGUGAAGAGACAGUUUCUCCUGGUGGUCAGACUGGGACUGAUUACAAGGGAGAUAAAUCUGAAUGCAGCAGUGUAACGUCUGAAAAGCAACCAGUGAACAUGAGGAAUAAUAAAAGUUCCACCAGUAGUGAGGAAACAAGAGAUUCUGUAGGAUCUGGUCGAGACUCCAGGCCUCCCUCCCUGGAAUUCGACAAUGUCAGAUGUCGGCUAUUAAGUCAGGAAAUACCCCUGACCCCCACAGGUUACUCUCAGCCCCCUACCCCUGACCACCCCCCUCCCUCACCCCACACCGCUGUCCUGGGGAUUCACGAGCGCAUCAACCCCAUGGAUAAGAGAAAAUCUCGUGACAUUGAGACGCUGACGGAGCCCUCGCUACUAGGAGGUAUUCCCGAGAGGGACCCAGAAAUGGAAGAGUCUGAACAGGAAACAGAAUCUCAGUCUGAGGAGACCCCGUCUAAACCUGAACCCAAGGAGGGCAGGGAUGGGGCACCGCUACCUGAACAGGGUAGCUCCACAACGUCUUCCCCUCAUACCUCUCCAGUCACCACAUACACUACUUCAUCAUCUGUGAUGACGUCAUCCAGUACUUCCACAUCUACUUCAUCCACUGUUUCAUCCAGAAGCCAAACUUCAUCAAGCCCAUCCACAUCUACAUCCCAGACCACCAGCACCACGAGUCCGUCUAACACCGUCACUGGAGACACCAGCGUGGUGACAAUGGACAGACACAAGGACAGCCAGAUGGACACAGACUCAGGUGUCCCUAAUAAAGGUGCUGUAGACAGUGGUAGUGCUGAAACUCUGCCCAAUGGUGUCCAUGUAGUGAUGAGACGGAAGAGUCGCACCCCUUCCUCCUCCAGUGACAGCACUGAGAAACAGAGUGGUGGCAGUAGCUCUGACAGUAUCAACACCGUGUCAGAUAAGGACAUGGAACCAUUCUCUGGACUACUGAGGGGCUCUCAACCAGGAGGAUCUCGUAAUGUUGUGUCUCAAAUCUAUCAAAAUGUCGUGAUUCGCCGGCCAAAGUCGCGCUUCAAACGCCGCUCAGCUCCAUCGGCCAUUGUGGCCUUUGACCCCCUGAUGGAGAGAGAAGACGAGAUCAAUGCAGAUAAAUUUAUGGAAGCCAUCGAUCAGGCGAUUGCAGAGGGUGCUGCAUCAGGGGAGACUACUGAGCCUGUAGAGGAAGCAAACUUUGAUGACAGUGAGGAAUGGGCCAAGAUCGCGGCUAUAAUGGCUUCAUUUGGGGCAGGAAUUGCAAGAGAAUCUGUCUUCAUCCGGGAUUACGAGGAGGACUUUGCCAACUUGCUGGGAGGUAUUCAAAAUACAGGUAAAAUCCUGAGUGUGGGAGACUGGCUGGAAGGCUUAGGUCUGGGACGAUAUGAAAACACACUGGUUGCCAAUGGAUUUGAUGAUCUGGAUUUUAUCGGUGGUACAAUUCUGGAGGAGGAGGAUCUCAAGACAAUAGGCGUGGAAAAUGAGGAUCAUAGGCGGAGGAUACGAGAAGCGUCUAGACUGCUGCUUCCUGUUGUGCCUAUAGGUCCCACCCACAUGCCAUCCUCAGUAGAAAACUGGCUCUCCUCCUUAAGGCUCUCCGAGUACACCGAUGCUUUCAAAUCACAUGGCUACACCUCCAUGGAUAGAGUUCGGAAACUAUGGGAGUUAGAACUAGCUACAGUAUUAGAUAUUACCACUUUAGGUCACAGAAAACGAUUGUUGGCAUCUUUAGGAGAAAGACAGAUAGAAAAAACGGAGAAACUCCAGGUGGAUGUCACAGAAUGGAAAAACUCUGGUCUGAAUGAUGAAUCCCCAGUGUCAAAACCUCAGCCGUCUCCUAUUGAGGGGCUAGACUUUUACAAAGAUUAUACCAAAGUGAAGCCAAAGCCUCGGGAAGCGGCUGCUGAUACAUCUGCGUCCUCGCAAAACUCCAUCAGUCAGGUAGAUAGCAGUGAGGAAGAAGACUCUCUGAAGAGAUCGGGAAGAAGUUUACGAGACAGCACAAUACACAUUCGUCCUCCUCACAUGGCCCAUACAACCAGCCCUGUGACUCAAUGGAGGCAUCGACCAGAGAAGCUGAUUAAAGGCUGCUGUAAUUAUGUGGCACAGUAUUUAGGUUCAACGUUAGUCAAAGAGCUACACGGAAUAGAUUCAACUCGAGAAGGAAUGACCAAAAUGAAGCUCAAAUUUAGGAAAAAAUUCCAGAAUUCUGCUGAUGCAUUAGGUAAAAUACCAGUGAUUAUGUUGUCCAUAUCAUACAAGGGAGUCAAGUUUAUUGAUGCCAAAACUAAGAGAGUUGUCUGUGAACAUGAAAUUGGGAACAUCUUUUGUGCAUGUCAAGAUCCAGAAAACUUGAACUUUUUUGCUUACAUCACCAAAGACAGAGAGACCAGUAAACACUAUUGCCAUGUGUUCAGCGUAAGCCGAACGGACCUGGCAAGGGAGAUAAUUCUGACACUAGGUGAAGCUUUUGAAAUUGCCUACCAGGUGGCUCUGAAAGAAAAGGCUGAGGAAGAGGCUUUAGAGUUUGAGAAGAAGUUAGGCCAAGGAAGUGACGCUGAGGACAGUGCUAGUCACUCUUCCAAAACAUCCUUGAAUACAAUCUGAGCUGGAAAGGUAGUACAGAUGGAGAUGCUGAUUAUUGCUGACCACAGACCAAAUAGUGCUGGACCCCUGCCAGAGAUGUCCUUAGUGCUGAUUGGUAGUGCCAUCUAUUUAUGGCUGUCACUCCACAUGUGGGAGAUAACUACUGGUAAUUGACAGCUCUGUGUGGUGUAUACUAUAGAAUGUAAAUGUUACAUCACUAAUUACCAUCUCUGAAAACUGUAAUUGUUACAUUUGAUUCUGAUCUCCUUUAAAACCGUGGACUUCCUUUUAUUUAGAAGCAUUUUGUACAUUACUUUUCCAUUGCUAUUUUAUAGAGUUCCCUUUGAAGGGUAGUUUUAUACCAGAUUUUUUUUUCUGUAUGAUCUUUUUACCAGAUGUACUCUUUAAAAUCAUAAGCUCACAAAAACAUUUUUAGAUAUGUGAUAUUUUCAUGACCAGUCAUGGGUCAGUAAGAAAGCAUUUGGUAUUUGUUUUGUGUGUGUUUCCAGAAGGAAUAUGAAGGUGAUGCUUUUUACAAUGGUGAAACUGCCACCAAAGCAUUAUUGAGAUCUGUACUUUGUACAGGCCAGAUAUGGUGUCUUAUUGUUUGCUACAUGGUUUGUGGGUUGAGUGUAACCAAUUACUUCUGAAACAGGACCAGAAAGUCAACAUUAAUACCAGUUAUUUAUUACUCAGGCCUUACUUGGGCAUUGUUGUAUUCUUGUAUUUUAUUUUCAGUUGUAUAUGGUCCACUUGUAUUUCUCUUUCCCCAUGCCAUAUACAGUUAUGUAUGUCUCAAGAUAAAGGAAAUGUGUAAAAAGGCAUUCAUUAACUGUAUGUUUACCAGACCUUCAAGAUCAAAUAACAUACAGUACAGGCUGUGUCUUGAUGUUUUGAACUGAAAUGGCUUCCAUCAAAAGUGCACUAUCAUGUCCUGUAAUUAAUCUCCCUUUAAAUUUUUUCACCUUUGCCAUUUGCACACAGUUAGCAGGACUUUGUAGUAUAGAUCUGUGAAAUUUAGUUUUGAGUCUGUUUUUACCCAAGCUUAUUGUGAUUUACAGUACUCAUUUAUUCAUAUAUCUUUGUAAAAGUUUGUAUAUAAUGGAUAUCACAGUGUCAUUUUCCAAUCAUUAUGUUUCAUCAGUAGCCAUAGAUUUAUGCACAAUUCUCAUUACUUCAUGUUAUUGGAUCAAGUAGAUUCGAUCUGUCUGGUUUCGUUAAACUGCACAGUGAUGCAUACAACAUUUUUUUGUCAAACUGCAUGUGCAUAUUGGAUACAUUUGAAGACAAUUUUUUGAAUGUGGUCUGUCAAUUAUAAUAAUAAUAAUAAUAAUAAUAGUGUGUCAUUCAGGUAUUAUCUUUUAAGGAACAAACCAGUAAAUCUGUAAUAGUGUUAAUUGUUUCAAGUGUAAACCUGUUUUCUAGUGCAGUGGUAUAUAUAAGUACAUGGCUCUUGGCUGGUGAUGAUCGAGGCCUUACUCUGUACUGGUCACUAUGGACAUGUGUCCACUAUUUAUCUACCUCUCAUGGUAUACUUUGGCUCCUGGCUAAAGGAGCCCUUAGAGGACACAAACUGAACAGCUGCUGAACUGUACUGACUUACUAUGUCUGUAUUAGCCAGAUGUCAGAUGGCUAUUCUUGUUAAUAGACAGCAAUAGACAGCCACUAUGCAACGUGAAAUAGACAAUACCUCAGAUGGUGCUGUGGGUUCUUGUAUGUCAUGUAUCAGCCAGCAUUCCUUUCUUACAGGGAAGUGAUGAUAACAUGGCAUUCCUUCAGUGACAUCUGUGAACAGUAGUCUGGCUUUGUGUCUUGGAAACCUUGGGUUUGGGCACUGAAAAUAGUAUAAGUAUGGGAAAUUGUAAAAAUAAACAAAUUGCAAAAGGCUUUCUCACAGUAGGAAUAGUUCCUAAACAGAUAUAUCACUCUCCAAUUAUUUGAGCAGAUUUGGAUAUUUAAAAGAAAGAAUAACAAGAUUGGUUCUUUUUGUAUUUUGGUCUUUUUGGUUGGGUCUUUUUUAGAUCUCCCCAAAACAAGAAAAUGAUGUGCAUGAAAGCCUUGAAGACCGACAAAAGAUGUGCCAGUGGUAAAUCUUUUUCUCCAAAACUAACGAGGUUUCACUUGGUACAUGUUUGAUGUAGUGCUUUUCUUGGAAGUUUCCUGUAGAAGCAGCUUGCCUUGUGCCGAUACACGUGAUACAAGCAAAAAUCCAGUGGCAUAACAACAUACCAAUAGUUAAAAAAACGCUACCAUCCUUUGUGAAAAAAAAUAUCUUUUUGCGCAGUUUUCAUGAAGCCUCCCUCACCUUACACCUAUAAUAAGAGCAGACCCAUUCGACUUGUCCAGAAGACGCCAAUACGGGUACCGUUAACGUAAAAAUCCCUUAUUCCUUACCGAAUACAGUUCAGCUAGCUUGCCAGAAACAAUUAGUCGAAUGUGUUUCUGCUAUUGGUCAUGAUGGAUAUUUUUGGGAUGGGAAACUAGAGUGCAAUUGGCAAUCUGAAAGGAUGUGGACAAAGUGUACUUUCUGUACUGAGCCAAAACAAAUGCACGCUGACCGCAUGCCAUUUAGCUAUCAAAGAACGUCUGAUGUUUCUUUUAAUACCAGAUAAUAUAUUAACGUCGUCAUGUUAUUUGUUAUCAAAAAUUGCAUUGCUGACUAUCAUUCUUGCCUACACCGGUGCAGGGAGGGUGCGCGUCUCGUACAUCGACCAUAGCACAGCUGUUUCAAGCAUGGGUUAACUCCCUUUACCUUCCCGACAGCUGUGGUCGCUACAUAUGCUUGGGGCGAGCAUUGUUUUCUUCCAAGGUAUCCUACAGACAGCACAAAAAUCGUUUUUGUAACACCCAGUAAGCCAUGUUCCUUUAUGGAGUUUUCUGUGGUUUUCAGAGAAAACAGUACGAAGAAAGAGUAUUAAAAGCAUUAAGUGUAUCUGCAUUUUUACCAUAACCGUAUCUGUCGAUCUUUUUAUCAUAGUGUAUUGCUCCAUGGUGAUACGACAAUGGAAACGUUAAAAUCUCGCCGAAAUAGUACAAUAAAGUAAACAUAUUAAGUCAUUUUCUAGAUCUUGCUGAUGGUACGUUGCUGGCGUCAAGUGAUGAUUUUCUGAACAAAAAACUAAUUAGGUUAAAGUUACAUUACUAUUAAUUCUGCGCCGUCAUGGAACCAGAAUUUGCUGAAUAUACACAAGUUUGAAAGGCUAAGCAUCCUGUCUUCAAAUAAAAUGUUUAAAUG